AUGAUUUUUGUAGUUUAUGAUGAAGGAGUCGAAGGGGUUGUCUUGUGGAGGUUGAGUCAGGAGAUCAGAAACCAAAGUCCUUGGGAAAAACGGAAAAUUCAUGGAGUGGCAGAUCUCCAUGACGCUUUGGAGGAGCAGAGUCAAGCGCGUAAUACGGGCGUAAAUUUGAAGUCAAGAGCUAAUACCAUCACAUCUAUAACUCAAGCUAUUGAUUGCCAAUGGAAGGAAGGACAUCCAUUCUGGGAUUCUCCAACUUGGUGUUGGCCAGAAGGAGAAGGGCUGGUAGGAGCUGCGACUUGUUUUCAACAAUAUCAUAAGCAACUUCAACCUCGGGAUCAAUAUGAUUAUCGUGGACAAUACAAAUUGUCUUUGCUUGAUAGUAUUAUACAAAAUCUCUCUGAGGUACACAAUCAAGUGACAAAAGAAUUAGAUGCAAGGUUGGUCCUUCAAGAAGAUAUCAAUCCUUCAGAGACAGAGAGAGUCAAGAAAAGUUUGUUUCAUGGUGAUCCAUGGGGUACAUUUUUCAAUAGACAACAAACUUUGAAAAAUUGUCUUAAAGAUCCGAACGUAAACGCGGAGACCAUUGGGAAGGCUUUCAGCGAGUUUUUGGAGAUAGCCUACAAGGCUGUGCACCCCCCAUGGGCUGUUAACUGA